AUGUUGUCGAUACAGGACAUCGAUGAGGGGGAGAUUUGCUACUCGGCAAAGGAAAGCAACAAGGAAAAUAGGUCCCCCUACAAGGAAGCACACUAUUUCCGCUCACUUCAGAGCCAACUCGAUUCAAUGCCUGUUCCUGAUAAAGAUCUCGCCGAAACACCGGAGUGGAUGAGUGUGCAAUUGCUUCCAUAUCAACAGUACGGUCUUAAUUGGAUGAAAUGGCGUGAGGAAACGAGCACUGGAGGCAUUUUGGCCGAUGAGAUGGGACUUGGGAAAACAACACCGGCGAUUUCUCUCAUCACUUCGUUUUUGAUCGCAUUACAGAAUAAGAAAUUUCUCAAGAUAGCCAAGGAAAAUCAAAAGCGUUUAGUAAACAAAGCAAUUCAAGAUUCUGGAAGAAAAAUGACGGGAACUUUCUCCACUUUGGUGGUCGUUCCCGGUUCGGUUUUGAAUCAAUGGCAACAAGAACUGAAAGACAAGGUGACUUGUCUUUUCGAGAUUAAGUUACGCCAGGCAGAUGUUGUGUUGACGACUUACGAGAUUUUGAGAAACGACGUUAUUAGGAAAUCACAAGGGAAUAAGCUUGUUUUCAACGAACAUGCCGCUAUUCGCAAAGUCUUUUGGAAGCGGGUUAUACUCGACGAAGCCCACACAAUCAAAAACUUGGCAACUCAAAUCAACAGUGCUGUGAUGGAUAUCGAAGCUGAUUGCCGAUGGGCUCUGACGGGGACACCAUUACACUUCUAUGCACUAGUGAGGUUUCUUCGAAUCAUGCCCUUUGCUGAUCCCGGCUUUUGGGAAGAGAAGAUGAGCGACGAAACACACCGAACAAACUAUAUACAUCGUGUGCAUCUGGAGGGAGACGAGUCGAAAGCCUAUGAUCUAAUGCUGCUAGCAUCACAACAAAAGGUGAAGCAACUCUUGGACGAAAAAAGCGGCCAUUUUCCACGAUCGACGCGUUCGCAAGAUGUUCCAAAUGUCUUUGAAAGAGCCUUACAAGAAAAGAUUGGAAAGAUGAUGAUGCAUGUGAUUCUGGUCGUGCUUCUACAACUUCAACAAACCGCGAUCCACUUCUGUCUGGCUAAAGAGGCUUUAUCGAUGGACGCUUUCGAUGGAGUGCUUGGGCCCUUAAACGAAACAGAAGCCAAGGAUAUUGAUGGCGACAUUUCUUUAAUCAAGGACGAGAACAAGUACACCAUAUUCGACGCCAGCGUGAGAAGCAAGAAAUUGCAAAAGGUUAUGGCAUUGAUUAACGACAUUGUGAAGAAGGGAGACAACGUCGUUGUCGUCAGUCAAUUCGUGAGCGUUCUGCGAUUGUUGGCCGUUUAUUUGAAUGAGGACAACAUUCGAUAUCUUAUCUUUGACGGAUCGCUCAAUCGGGACAAGAAAGGCGAAGUCAUCAAUGCGUUUGUGAUGGAGGAGCAGGUGCCCGUCCUCCUGCUUUCACUCACUUCGGGAGGCACCGGGUUGAACAUCCAGACUUGCGCCAAUAUGAUUAUCGUCGAGCCGCACUGGAAUCUCCAACUCGAAGAGCAAGCCUGCUCCCAAAUUCAUUGCCACGGGCAGAAGCAAGCGGUUCAAAUUCACAAAUUUUACUGCGAGGGAACGAUUGAGGAACGAGUAGUGCAGCUACGGGAAAACAAGUUGAAGCUAGUAUCAGGAAUCUUAUCAGGACGAACUGAAAAGGGGAAUACAUUGACGUUGGACGACUUGCACUUCUUGUUUUCGAUGGAUAAGAUAAUGCCAGCCAAGAAGAAGAAAGCUACAGGUACUUCGGAAAUCAUGGAAAACUUUAAGAAGAAGCAACUGAAUCACAUGCCAACCUCUUCUGUCAAUAGGAUAUUGCUUGAGGCACUUCCUGAUGUCGUUUUCUAUGCUGUAAUGGAGAAACUUCCUGCACGGGUCAUCGAAAACACUGUUCGACAACUCUCAAGGGAUUGCUAUAGAAGGGUCGAGCUGCACAGAGCCAGACUUCCUCGUGUUUAUAUCGAUAAGCUUUAUGUUGAUGGGAACUGGUUUCGGCUUUUUAUAAGCGAUAGAGCAGAUGAUCGAUUGCAAUAUGCGGAAAGGAUUGAUCCAGCUAACUUAACUCAACAUUUGGAUAAUUUGAAAGAGCGUGCAACCUUUAACACCCUCGAAUUGCGGAAUGUCAAUUGGGAAAUGUUUGCAAAUUGCAAGUUCAAAUGCGAAGAAUUGUCUUGUUUUGUCAGUGGAACGACUCUUUCGCCGGAAAGAUUCAUGGAUAUUUUUCGCAGUAUAAGACCAACACGCAAGCUAGUUGUUUCUGCGUAUGGGGACAACCAAACUUUUCCUGUUACGAGAGACUUUUUCACCAAUAAUUAUGCGAUUGGAUUGCAAGAAGUUGGGCUGAUUGGUCACGGGAAUGCCAUGAUUGAUCCAUUAAAUGACACGAUCUUGUUGGAUUCAAUUCCUUUGAUUUUUUACAGUCAUUUUCAAACAAAUUUCGGGUGUACUCUUGAUGGGAUCUUAACGAUGAUCCGAGGCUGGUACACUUCAGGGCGUCAAAUUGAUAAAAUUGGCCUUCGAGCAGUUGGCGGGGAAGCAGAACGUCAAAAUUUCUUGCACAGCUUAUCUGGAUUGCAAGAUGUUAAACUGCUCUCCGACGAGGGUUACUGUCCUGUCCGCGCUUUAAAAAGAGCAAAUGGGGACGUCGUUGAGCUUCGUGUUUGCUGUAAUCGAAUAAGCCAUAUUAAAAUCUCCAUGGUUCGACUAGUGCCCGGCCCGGAGGCGGACUUGUAUAGGCGGUAUUAUGACGUAGGA